CCUCAAAAGAACCUGGCCCCAUAAGGCGUUGUGAGUUCCCCAUCUUGCUGCAAUACGCCGCCGCCUUGGGUCCCAGCUUGGACGACGCAACUGUCUCCUGCGCCCGUGCUUUUGCCUGGUCAGCCCGCGCGCUUCCCGGCCUAUACCUCGAGCAGAUCGUCCGUUUUUCCGCUCUUCAUCUGGAUCUCUGCUGCAGGUCGUCGUACCGCCUUCCACCAUGUCCAGCUCAAACUCCAUCCACACGCCCCAUGGAGCCCACACGCCCCAUGGAGGCAUUGGAACGAAUCCCUUCGCGACCCCCAUCCGCCUCAGUCGUGCUCCCACCGAGGAGGGCAGCGAUGACCGCCAAUCCUACUUCCCCGCCACUGCGAUUUCAGCAGGACCACAGGCACGCCUUCGCAAGUUCAAGAGUGCGCGAUGGAAGGGCCCGGAUUAUGAGAAGCCGUGGGUGGAGAACAAGAACCCCCGCAAGAAAUGGGAGCCCAUGAUCUUCUAUGGCUGUAUCUUCGUGGGCGUUGUUAUUGGUGCUAUCAUUUGCUACUUUGCCUACGCAUCCGUUUCAAACCACGAGUACUGCCUGAUUCUGGAAGAUGACUUCCACAACAUCGAUCUGAACAAUUGGAGUUACGAGAUCCAGCGUGGUGGUUUCGGUAGUGGCACCUUCGAGUGGACUACCAACGACCCAAAGAAUGCCUACACCGACGAGAAAGGUCUCCACAUUGUGCCGACACUCACCACCGAUUCUACCGACAUCACCAUUGACCAGCUGGAGGACAACUAUGUGCUCAAUCUCACGACCGCGGGUACUUGCACUUCGACGGAUGUCACCAUGUGCGCCAUUCGCAGCAACAAGACGUCCGGUGCCAUCAUCAACCCGGUCCGCAGUGCCCGUCUAACAACCAAGGGCAAGAAGACUAUCACGUAUGGUAAGGUCGAAGUUGUCGCCAAGAUGCCCAAGGGAUCGUGGCUCUGGCCUGCUAUCUGGAUGAUGCCGGAGCACGACACCUACGGCGCAUGGCCGGCGUCUGGAGAGAUCGAUAUUGCAGAGAGCAGAGGCAACUUCGGCGACGACUACCCCAGCGGUGGCCGGGAUGCCCUCAUCAGUGCCCUGCAUUGGGGCCCGGUGCCGGAAGCGGAUGCUUUCUACAGAACUUCGGGACAGCAUCGCGUGCGCCGGACCGAUUACACGGAAAAGUUCCACACGUUCGGAGUUGAGUGGAGCGAGAACUACCUCUUCACUUACAUUGACAGUCGUCUACUGCAAGUCUUCUUCAUCAAGUUCAACAACAAGAAGAGCAUGUGGGACCGUGGCAAAUUCGGCCAGGCCAUCUUCAACCACUCUGCGCUCUUCGAUCCGUGGUCGCAGACUGGCCGCCACAACACUCCUUUUGACCAGCCGUUCUACCUGAUUCUCAAUGUCGCUAUUGGCGGCACCAACGGCUUCUUCCCCGACGGCGUUGGCAACAAGCCAUGGGGCGACAAGAGCGGCCAGUCGCCCAAGGAGUUCUGGGACAGCCAGUCCCAGUGGAUUGACACGUGGGGCAAGGGCGACGAGCGCGGGAUGACGGUCAAGAGCGUGAAGAUGUGGAGCGAGGGCAAAUGCUGAAAGGGUAAAGCCAAAUCAGCAGCUCGGGGACAUCUGCACCCAGAGCGGUUAGCAGCAGUGGGAAGGUUUUUCUUGGUACAGCUAUUGUAAUUCUCGCGGGUCUUGGAUUAAGGGUUUCUUCGGCGCUUCUUGGGACAUCGGACAGCAGCAAUUACAUGACGACAAACUAGAGGCUCGGGGUCAGGUGGAUUCGAUACUUAAUUCAGCAAUGGUUCCUCUGUCGCGCCGCUGCAUAACUAUCGAUUCCUUGGGCGUCCAGCGUCGGCCGCGUCAUGCACCGCCACUGUACGUGAUAGGCCGCGUCUCGACACCGUUCUCGCAACACGGCAGGCCAGCGGUCCGAACCCCCUGCUUUCCAUCGGCGGCAUGGGAUGCCCUGUAGCGCCAGGGGUAUUCGGGAGGGGAGCCUGUCAUCGUGGGC